AAGUAAUACGUAGCGUUUGGUCUUCAAAAUCUGUACCUGCCGAAUGGAAAAAAGCAUGCUCUGUACUUAUACACAAAAAGGGCAAUACAAAUGACCCUUCCAAUUUCCGUCCUAUUACUCUGGAAUCCAUACCCUUAAAAGUGUUUACCUCAUAUCUUCGCAACGCCAUGUUCUCCUUUCUAACGGCUAAUAAUUUCAUUGAACAAAAGAUUCAGGAAGGCUUCACUCCCAAUUUGUCUGGCACUUUGGAACACACAGCUCAAAUGACAAACAUCAUCAACCAAGCGAGAAUAAAACAACGCUCUGUUGUCAUCACCCUUCUUGACCUUAAAAACGCCUUUGGUGAAGUGCAUCAUAAUCUCACUCAAUCUGUCCUCGAUUAUCAUCACAUUCCCGAACAGAUUAAUGAAAUUAUCAAGAGCUUGUAUACUGACUUCAACACCACAAUUAUAACUGCCGAAUUCUCUACCCCAUUCAUAACUGUUGGCCGAGGUGUACUUCAAGGAGACUGUCUUAGUCCUUUACUUUUCAAUAUGUGUUUCAACACCUUUAUUCAGCACAUUAAAGCUGAUAAAUACCGCCAAUUUGGUUUCAUGACCAAAUUUUUAAAUCCAAUCCAUUGGUUCCAGUUUUCUGACGAUGCAGCCGUUAUUAGCGGUCAAGAGAGCGAAAAUCAGCACCUUUUAAAUCGCUUCUCAAUCUGGUGUCAAUGGUCAAACAUGAUUACUCGAGUCGACAAAUGUAGUACAUUUGGCAUUAAGAAAAUUCUGACAAAAUCAAUCCAAUACCUACCAAGACUCCUCAUUGACAAUAAAUUAAUACCGGCCACUAAAAUAGGAGAGUCUUUCCGAUACUUAGGGAAAUAUUUUGAUUUCAAUAUGUCUGACAAAGAUCACAAACAAGAACUAAUCACCCUCCUUGAAGAUAUCAUGUCAGAAAUUGACCUCAAACCGCUACACCCAAAGAACAAAAUUUUACUCUAUAGUCGUUAUCUCCUAUCGAAAUUCUCCUGGCAUUUUACUGUCGCUACCUUAUCAAAAACGUGGGUUUCUGAAAACAUGGACUCAGUAGUUAAUAAAUUC